AGCAGAAGAGGCAGAUUCUGUUGGGGCCCUGGCCGCGGGUCGCCUCCUCCUAUACUUCCCCUCCCUCUGCAGGCUAAUGCCGGGGCAGCUCGGCCGCCGGGACCAGCAAGAGACCUGAUGACAUGAAAGAUUCCAGUGUGUCCUACAGUGGAGAGAAUAUUGAUAGAAGAAGUAAUCCCUAAAGAGACUGAAAAUAGCUUUCAGGAUGGGGAAAGAGGAGCCCCCAAGCACCUCAAAGGAGUUUCAAGAGCUGCAGAGGAAGUUGUCCUUGCUGGUGGAGUUCAUCCAGAGUAACUCAAAGGUGAACGCCUUUAUGAAGUCUCCAGUGGGUCAGUACCUGGACCGGCAUCCUUUGCUGACCCUAUCUCUGCUGGUGUUUCUUGCUGUGACGGCUGUUCCUGUCGGAUUCUUCCUGUUCCUCACAUUGCUUGCCUCCCUGGCUGCUUUGGUGGGAGUCAUUUUACUAGAAGGACUGGUCAUCUCCAUGGGCGGCUUCUCGCUGUUUUGUAUCCUUUGUGGCUUGGGCUUCAUGUCACUCGCCAUGUUGGGGACAAUCCUAGUGCCCUGUGUGGUGGUUUCCAGCCUCCUCAACUACUGGUUUUCUCCCAGACCCCUGACACAAGAGAUCGCCAGUGAGGACAGCCAGCUAGCUGUGAAGACAGUGGACUGAGGGGGGCUCUUCCAGGAGUGACCACUGCAGGGAAGUACGCGGGCCCCAAGCACCUCGGGAGUCUGUGGGGUAGACAGCAGGUCUGGGUCAUCACACCCCCUGGGAGGCACCUCCAGCUUCUUCACUGCCCCAAAUUCCUUGAGUGCUCAACUCGGGGACCUUGUUGACAACUGGUCUUCAUGGUUCUGUCAGCUGACCCACCCUCACUUAAAAUCAGCAGAAAACGCAGAUGGUUCAACAGCAAUCUUGCCCUCCCACCCUCCCGACCAUGGUGCACUUGACCUAGGCUGAUCUCAAAUCUCUAGAGCCUGACGGCUUAACCCAAAGGUUCCCAUCUGUUUCCAGAGUUCCAUUUCGGGCAGUAUUGAGUUGUUUCUCCUUUUCAUUUUUUAAAGCAAUGAGGAAAAACUUUAUUUCUUUACUCUUUUGAAACAAGAGGUGGCAGGGUGGGGGAUCAUUCAAAAAAGAACAAACUCUUCUGCCUUACUAGCAACAUUUGGGACAUUGGAAAAUUAAAGAGUCCAAACUUAAUUUUAAUGGCCAAAAGCAUUUUUGAAAAGGUCUGAAAGUCUAAUUUCCACUGUUGAGUAGUUAACUCUUUUGAAUAUUGAUACUUUUGUAUUAUUUUAAAGUACUUGUGAAACACUUAGGUUCUAUAACAUUU